CUCAGGGCCAAUCAGCGGCGACGUCGUCUGUGCGACUCCACGUCGGCAGCUGCUGCGGGCAAGAUGGAGGCGCUGAUUUUGGAGCCCUCCCUGUACACUGUUAAGGCCAUCCUGAUUCUGGACAAUGAUGGAGACCGACUCUUCGCCAAGUACUAUGACGACACCUACCCAAGUGUCAAGGAGCAAAAGGCCUUUGAGAAGAACAUUUUCAACAAGACCCAUCGGACGGAUAGUGAAAUUGCCCUGUUGGAAGGGCUGACGGUGGUCUAUAAAAGUAGCAUUGAUCUCUAUUUCUAUGUGAUUGGCAGCUCCUAUGAAAAUGAGUUGAUGCUUAUGGCUGUUCUGAACUGCCUCUUUGACUCCCUGAGCCAGAUGCUGAGGAAAAAUGUAGAAAAGCGAGCUCUGCUGGAGAACAUGGAGGGGCUCUUCUUGGCUGUGGAUGAAAUUGUAGAUGGAGGGGUGGUCCUAGAGAGUGACCCCCAGCAGGUGGUGCACCGGGCGGCUUUGAGGGGUGAAGACGUCCCCCUUACAGAGCAGACUGUGUCUCAGGUGCUGCAGUCAGCCAAAGAACAGAUCAAGUGGUCCCUCCUUCGAUGAAGAUGUUCUAUGCUCAGUUCUUUGUCCCUCAAAACCCACAUCUGCUCUGACUUCUUAUCCAGGUCUCCAACUGAUAUUCUUAGGGUCAUCUUGGAGAAUCACAGUGGACCCUUGCCCCCCCCCCCCUCCUAGGAGUAAAGUCCCUAACAGAUUUGAAUGAGUCAGGGGAAAAACACCCCUUCCUUACUUACAGUGGUGGCCCCCACUCCCACAAUCUCUCCUAGGUUUCUUGGCCCUUUACUUGGCUUUACUUCAGAUCAUUAAAGCAGGAGAAAGAAUGUGCUGAGUGUUUUCCUCCCUGUGCCUUAAGGGCCCUCAUCCCAGCAGCCCAUAUAUUCAGCAAAGGGGGGGAGGACGCCUUCCUUUAGGAGUGAUGUGGAGUGGCAGAGGCCAUGCAGUCUUUGCCUCAGCAGCUUCUCUCCUUCCUGCUGCCUGGUUCUCUGCCUUAGAAGAGAUUGGGGACAGCUUUUAGAGAGGGGACAGAGCUGCAGAGGAACAGUGAUUUAUAUGCUCUUGGAGCUCAUGAAGUGCAGUCUACCUUGAUCUGGCCUGAGAACAUCCUACUCUAGGUCUGUACCACACCCACCUGCUUUUAUCAAACCGUGAGAUUUUUGUCUGGUGUGGCCUCUGGUACCCUGGAGCAAAGCCAGACCUUGGAACUAAAACCGCUGUAGUUCCAAGAAGAAAGAAGGGGCCUUAAUGACUUGGGCCUUGACGUGUUUCCUUUUCUCAGCGUUUCCACUCACAUUCCUCUGCCUUGGUUCUGCAGUCUGCUGUUGAGCUCUUCUCUGCCUCAGCCUUUCCCGGAAGUGGAGGGUCUGGUGCAGUGCCUUUCCUCUAAGGCUUGGGUUCCCGUUCUUGAGUGUAAUGUUGCCCCUUGACCCCACAUCCCUGUGAAAAUGUCUUAGAAAAAGCAUUCCCGAGCAAGCGCUCUGUCCCAUGCAUUGGCUGAAGUUGUCACACUGGAGGCGGCCUCUGCAAGAAAUGGAGUCAGUCGAGGUCCACCUUGUACGCGGCUGUGCGUCAGAGGAAUAAAGUGAAUCUCUUCCAAA